AUGAGCUCGAAGAAACCGGUUUUGAAAGAAGUACCUGAUGUUGUGGUCAAUACGGAAACGGGCGUUACCUAUAAAAAGGGAAGGUUUUUGGGCAAAGGGGGUUUUGCACGGUGCUACGAACUUACAGACAUAAAGGAUCACAAAUUUUAUGCUGGCAAAGUAGUUUCAAAAUUACUUUUAUUGAAAAAUCAUCAGCGCGACAAGAUGGCUCAAGAGAUCCGAAUUCACAGAACUUUACAUCACAAACAUAUUGUGAGAAUGGAUGGUUUCUUCGAAGAUGCUGAUAAUGUCUACAUUUUGUUGGAACUUUGUCCUCGUAGGUCUUUGAUGGAACUGCACAAACGUCGCAAAUUUGUAACCGAACCUGAAGCACGUUAUUUCAUUAAACAGAUUGUUGAGGCGUGCGAGUACCUUCACAAGAAUAAAAUCAUUCAUCGAGAUUUGAAAUUGGGAAACUUAUUUUUAAAUGAAGAUAUGGAGAUUAAAGUUGGUGAUUUUGGUUUGGCGACAGUGGUAGAGAUAGACGGCCAAAGAAAGAAGACAUUGUGUGGCACACCUAAUUACAUCGCACCUGAAAUGCUCGAUAAAAAAGGUCACUCCUAUGAAGUAGACAUCUGGGCAAUUGGCUGUAUUUUGUUCACAUUAUUGGUGGGAAAACCGCCAUUUGAAACUUCUUCUCUUAAGGAUACAUAUAACAGAAUAAAGAACAACAAUUAUUCAAUACCAGGUCGUGUUAGUUACGAAGCUGGGCAACUCAUUCGGCGAUUACUGCAAACUGAUCCUGAAAAACGUCCUAAUAUUCAUGAGGUAUCGUAUUACGCAUUUUUUAAAGGUUAUACGCCGAUCAGGCUGCCGACAUCAUGCCUUACGAUGGCCCCCAAAUUUGCGAAUACGGAAAUUUCGGAUAAGCGAUCUGCUCUAAACGAAUUGAGACAAGAAAAUAUUAUGCUUACCCCGGAAGAACGUGCACGUAAGGAUUUUUUAGCAGCGCCGGUGCGUCCAUUGACUUCUGUUCCCGAAUUGCAAGUUCUUUCAGAUGUGAAGGAUCGUGAAAGUGACCCACGUAGACUUCAUCUAUCCAAGUAUUAUCGUGCUCUCUGGGUUUCGAGAAGUAUGUUAAAUGUUAAAAUACAAGAAUUAUUAGUUGUGUUGAUUUACGGAGCUGUAAAUUCGGGGGAAGCUUAUGGCCUUCAUCUAUCCAAGUAUUAUCGUGCUUACUCGGUUUCGAGAAGUAUGUUAAACGUUGAAGUACAAGAAUUAUUAAAUAUUUGUGUUAAUUUACGAAGUUCUCCAGGAAUGUUGCGUGCAGGUGGUGAUCAUCCAUCUGAUUGUUAUUUGUCAGACUUAUGCAGACAGCUGGCAGAAGUUGUAACCAGUAAACCAAAGGACAAUCCAAACAUUCGAGAUGAUGACCUGGAAGACCCUGCUGCUAUGCCAGUUUUUUGGAUAUCAAAAUGGGUUGAUUAUUCAGACAAGUAUGGAUUGGGGUAUCAACUUUGUGAUAAUUCCAUUGGCGUUGUAUUUAAUGAUAAUACUAAGAUGGUUCUGGAUGCAGCGGGAGAACAGGUGCAGUAUUUGGGACGUGAAAAUGAUGAGCAUUAUUACACGGUAAAGCAUUAUCCCGAAAAACUGCAAAAGAAGAUCACUCUAUUACAAUAUUUCAAAAAUUACAUGACUGAGCACUUACAAAAGGCUGGUGCUGACAUGCCUAUCCGUGAGGGUGAUGAAUUAGCUCGUUUACCUGUUCUCCGCAUUUGGUUCCGAACGCAGUCUGCUAUCAUACUUCAUCUGUCCAAUGGAACGCUACAGCUUAACUUUUUCGAAGAUCAUACGAAACUCGUGAUUUGCCCAUUGAUGGGAGCUGCGACAUAUAUUGACAGCGAUCGCAAUUUUCGUGUCCUCAAACUUUCUGCGCUUGCUAAGUACGGAUGCCCGAAAGCGCUUCUGGAUCGUUUGCGAUAUGCAAAAAUGAUGGUGGAACGACUGAUGUCUGCACAUCCCUCUCGACCAUUUUUGUCGACACUUACCUCAGUGACACGUUCCUCUCCAAGUACUGCCGCCAAUUAUUGA